GAUAGAUCUAUAUUUGAAAUAUAAUAUUUCUCAGACCUGUUUAUAUUUUCAAAAAAAUGGCAGAUCAUGCAAGUACUUCCUCUGGUCCAGCAGAGGUUACAAGCAAGAAAACUAAAUGUUCAGGAGAGCAUCAACAUACUAUUAAUGAUGUGAAGAACUUAGUCAAUACGUACAAUAAUAUUCACCAGGCUGUUGAAAUUAAACUUGGGCAUCUCAUUUAUCUUUGGAUGGAAAAUACUAAAAAAGUUAUUCCAGCUGUAAAGAUACUGAAUGAAAUUCUUAAAGCCAGACAACCUGUGAGUUACAGUUGUACAACUGAUACGUUAAGUGGUUCUGUGAGACGUUUGUCUAUUGAAUUUAAAAAAUUUAGACCAUCAAGGAACAUGCCUGAAAUUGUUCAAUUUCUAGAAAGACCAUUUAUUUUGCCACAAAGUAAACCUAAACCAGUGGUGGUCCAAGAAGAAGUUCAAGUGAUGCAGCCAGAGCAGGAAGUUGUGGUUGAAGAAGGAACUAAGAAAUUAAAAACUGACUGUUCAAAGUGUGCGCUAAAAAGAAAAUCAGCAACUAUUUUGGUCAAGACAAACAAAAGGUUAAAAAUGCAAGUCAAGGAAUUCAAAAUGGAACUUGCAGCCAACAAAGUUUAUAAAAUUAAACACUUGAAUCAAAAAAUAAAAAGACUAACUGCGCAACUAGAACGACAGAAACAAAUCAAUGCCCAAUUAAAAACAGCACAUAUAAAGCCUACAGCCCUAGUGGCCCCACCUGAAUCGUCCCCCACCCAAAGUUCCCCUUCAAACACCUCGCCAUCCAAGUCCUCUUCUUCAAAAGUUUGUACACCAGCUGUUAUCAGUAUUGACAGACAAAGGAAAUUGAAAAUCAAAAGCUUAAACCAAGCUAAAAGGAGAAACAUUGAGACCAUAAAUUCUUUGAAAGAGAAAUUGGAAGAAAAGAAUGGCAUUAUUUCACAGUUAAAGCAAAGAAUGAAAGAAACCAACGAGAUGUACGAUUAUUUAUUGUUAGAACUUGAUGAGUGUCAGGCAGAUAUGAGAAACAAUAUAAAAGAAAAUAACAUUGAAGAAAGGAAUGUCAUAUAG